AUGCUUCGUCACCUACGGCCAAAUGCCCUACCUUGCACCCAGCAGCGCCGCGGGUACUCCUUCCCCGCGCCGGACAAGGGCAAGCCAUGGGCCCCGAUCCUCUCCCAGGACUUUGUCUAUAGCGUUGACUUGAUCUUGCCCGAGGAGAGCUUCGAGGCGCUCAAGAAAGAGGUCUUGCCUCGUCUUUCGCCGCCUGCUUUCUUUAGGAUCAAGGCGCCGUUGGCGAAACUUCUAGAUGGUGCUUUUCUACUAGAUUAUCUAAAAACCGGAGAUGUCUUGAUGCUCUCGAAAGGCCAAGAACCGGUAGACAACCUCUUCACUAUUAGAGAUGGGAAGCUUACCAUGUACCUCGACCGCGAGACCGAACCCAUCACCUGGCUGUGCACCACGUCAAAAUCUAAAGAGAUGAACGCCAACUAUGUACAGGGCUUCUUCCCGACAAAGAACUCCAUCCAGUCCACGGCAUCUCAGACUCUCCCCACCAGUUCGCCCUCCUUUGACGGACUCCUACAGGAAUUCGCUGGGGCCGACAAGCUGACGUUUGAGGAAUCGGCAGCCGACCUUUACGAGUGGCUCUCCCUCGUGAGGCUCGGGAGCCCUAGGGUCGAAUUCGGAGACAAUGUUGACCCUUAUUUGUCCCGAUAUCAAGUUCCCAUGAGCCCAGAUGGGCCGCAGACUCUGAAGCUGCGACGGGUGACAUGGCGAGGAUUCAUGCCGUCGACGUGGGCGCACGCGACGCUUGCCACCGUCUUGCGCGAGGUACCGUUCAAAUCCUGGCUCGCAUUUAGCACGACGACGUUUUCCAAAGGCACCACGGCUAGCGACAAUGCCGAGUGCACCUUUUUCCGACCGCCAAACUCGGGAGGGCAGUAUAUCCUCUGGGACGUCAGGCGAGACGGUUGA